GUUUGCGAUAGCAAUCGAUCCAAGAUGUGGCAGCUCCUGAUCCUGGAAGCGGCUGUUGCCGUCCUGCUGGGAAGCCGCUCAGGCUACUCCUUUCACACCAUGCAUGGCUGGUUCAUUGCAGUUUGGGAGCCCAGCAGAGGACUUUUCGAGUUCACUGCAGUGGUUUACGUGGAUGACCAGAGAGCUACUUACUAUGACAGCCAGAGCAGGCAGGCAGUGCCUGCCGUCCCAUGGAUGAAAGAUGCUGUAAAUCAUGAUCCUCAUAUAUGGAAUAUAAACACUUGGAGAUUACAGAGUGCUGAACUGAGGUUCCGCAAAGAUGUGGAGAACCUGCAAAAGCACUACAACCAAAGUGGAGGCUUCCACACUUGGCAGAUGGCGUAUGGCUGUGAGGUGAGUGAGGAUGGCCACAGAGCAGGCUAUACCCAAUAUGGCUAUGAUGGGGAAGACUUCCUCAGCUUUGACAAGGAGACCCUCACCUGGACAGCGACGGAUGUUCCGGCCCAGUUUACCAAGAGGAAGUGGGAGAUUGACUUGGCCUGGUCUCAACGCCUCAAGUUCUACCUGGAAAAGGAGUGCCCUGAGUGGCUGCCGAAAUUCUUGGAGUGUGGAAAGGAGGUUUUGCUGAGGAAAGAGCCUCCGACGGUGAAAGUUACACGCCUGGCAGGUUAUGAUGGGCUGGAAACCCUUAUCUGCCAGGCCUACGGAUUCUAUCCCAGAGAGAUCAACGCCAAGUGGAUGAAGGAUGGGGAGGUCUGGGAGCAGGACACCUUCCGCAGGGAUGUGGUCCCCAACUCAGAUGGGACCUAUUACGCCUGGCUCAGCAUCAAGGUUGACCCCAAGGAUAGGGACCAGUUCCGGUGCCAUGUGGAACAUGAUGGACUUCCGGAGCCUCUGGACUUGGCCUGGGAGGAGCCUGCCUCAAAAGUAUUCUAUCUGUGGAUCAUCUUGGUGCCUGGGGCUGUUCUUAUGGUAGCAGGGAUCACACUAUACAUCAGAAACCAGCGAGAGGGUGGCUCCAGAGCAACUUCAGCAAGAUAUUCUGCUGGUGUGCCAGAGUGCUGAGGAAGGUGCCCAAAAGGCCUGUUGUGAAUCUUCAGUGCUCCUCCAGAGCUUUUGCCUGCAAAUUAUACAAGCUUCAUAUGGGCACAGGAAGCUGAAUCAGAGCUUUGGUCCAUCAAGUACUGUCUGCAGUGACUGGUUGCCAUGCCUAGAGAUGCUGAGGAUUGAUGCUUGAACCUUCUGCAUGCCAAACAGAUGUUCUACCUCUGAAGUUUACAUUUGCAGUGAAAAUCAAAAAGAGAUGGAAUGGUGAAGGUCCAUUGUGGGUUGAAUACUGUUUUGCCACAUGCAAGGGGUAAAGUGGCAAUCACAGCACAAGUGGAGGGAAGUUCAGGGUUUUUAUUUAAUAGACAGCAUACACAAAAAGUCUUUUAGCAAAAUUACAGAGCAUGAACCGAACUUCCCCGUUCAGUUAUUGGGAACUCCAGGGAUCUAUAAUGGAGAGACUCGGGGCUUAUUUUAGCCGGAACUCAAUUCUGGCAUGUCUCAGGUAAGCACCAAAUUAAGCCAAAAACCCUUGCUAAUCGCCGAAGUGCCAGUAAGAUAGGAAAAAUAAUACAAACCACUGUCUAUUUCUUUGAGAUACAAAAGUCUUCCAUGUAGGUUCCCCCUAUAAAUAGUUUCAAAAGAGAAAUUUUGGGGAGCCACUUUAAGGAUCACAUUCCUUAAAGGAAUGGCCAUUGAUGUUUUAGCAUGGAAUGUUCCAUGGCAUGGAAUUGAUG